AUGAUCGACUCUCGCGAGCUUGAAACAUCUUCCAGACAAGGCGGUCGGCCGAAGGUCGCUUACUUUUUCUGCGAACCGCCCAGCAAUUCACUCCCACUGCCAGUGACAGCUACUACUGUCCUGGCAGGCUUGGCCGUUUGUCAACCCACGGAUCAGGGGAUAUUCGCUUGGCUUCUCAGCGGAAACUGGACUCUCUCUGUCGAGAACCAAGUCAAAGCAUCUGCUGUUCUAGUGAGACUGGACUCCAUGGACGUCAUUGCCGCAGCCGGUCUCAAGAACGCAAUGCAAAGUAUCACAAACGCGACAUCAGCUUGCAAAAGCUCCAGCCCACCUAAUCUCAAGAAAUUCGACCCAUCCUUGUUGUGGUUUAGAUAUUACGCGAACGGUGUAGUGCUCUGGGUCCGACUUAUUGUCGACCGACUCCUUCGGCUUGUCAAAGUCGACGGCUUGAAAGCUAUGUCCCGGACUAAUUUACUUCGCGCAAUGCCGGAUGAAAUCGACGAUCUAUACCGCGCAUUCAUUUACGAGUUCAGAGCAUCCAACUCAAUUGAGAAAAUGAAGGACAUGGGCAGGGUCCUGGAAUGGAUCAUUGGGUGCAGGGGAUGGACAGAACUUCAACUUCAACAUCUAUGGAGGGCAAUUGCGUUACCCGACAAUGAGCAUGAAUACGGAAACCACGAGACGAUAGCGAAAAACAGAUUCGAGUUCACCAGUUGGGACGGAUUCUGCUCCAAUAUUCGCCAUUGUUGCGGGCCGUUGAUCGAGAUUCUGGAAGAUCCGCAAACCGCCAUGGAUAUGAACUCUCCAAGUCACAAAGCAGCACAGCCAACAUGGACAGUGCAGCUCUCCCACCAAACAGUGAGGACUUUCCUUAGAGGAAAUUCGCGAAUGAAAGAACUCUUCGUCGACCCAGACUCAGCAGAAAGACUUGUUGUCACUAAGCUGUAUCGAUACCUUGGGAUUGCUAUGGUCCCGCAAUCACUUGAAUUCCCUCUCAGACGCCGCUCAUUUUAUAAGAAAAGCCCACUGGCAUCACUGGAAGAACGUUUUUCAGAGCUACCGAGGCAUUCAUUCGACGAGGAACAGCUAUUAGCAACACACGAUUACUGCAAGGAAAGACCACUUGCGGGAAUCGCCUUGGAAGCUGUGAGACAGUCGCAGGCUGACAGACGCGGCUUUGUUGACGCUUUACACAUUAUUGGUACCAAUUGUCUAGCAUCAAAAGACUGCUUCCCAAUUUAUGGGGCCACAGACAUGUGCUUCAAGCCAGCGUAUCUCGGCUCAAACGUUGCUGAGUUCACACACUACCGUUGCCUCCAUGGAAUGCAAGAUGCUCUUGAAAGCUUCUUUGAUCUCUUGGAAAAGUUCGAGCCACUUUACAGCAGACUCACGUUUGCCUCGUCACUCAAAGUCAGCCAUCAGCAUCAAAUCGUCAGAGGUGCUAUCGAAGCUCUUCUUGAAGUCAACGGCAACGACAACAAUCACCAAGCCUGUCAUUUCCGCGUGGCAAAUGCUCUUCACGAUCUUUCCGUUGGCAUCGGUUCCUCCGAAGCCGACAACUGUAGCAAUGGCACUGUCUAUUCAGAUGACCUGCAACCAGAUCCUCUCUACCUGAGGUUCUUCGGGGAUUUCAUCAGUCAAACACAGUCAACUCAUGAGUGCACUGCUCCCUGUCGUCAUUACACCCACAAAGCCAGACUUCUGGAUGGAAAAUUUAAUCCUGUCCGUUGUAGACACUUCACCCAAGCACUUGAAACUGUGGUGGAUCGGAUUGGAAGAACUUCAGAACUUUGGCACCGACCACCCUCUUAUCGCUCACUUGACGAAUUACUUGACGAAUUACUAAACGAAUUCCCAAUGCCACUAUCAUUUGUGAGGCAGUACUUGCAGGACAAUUAGAUGCCUAUUAUAACGCGUAAGAGGAGCAUAACGCGUGAGAGGCAAGUUAGGGACAAGAUUAGGGACAGCUUAAAACAGUUGCUUUUCUGGUUCGAGGUGAGCCUCUUGACAUCAUUUGUGCUGUAAGCGG